AUGCAUCCCACCCUCACCACCCUCUUCCUCCUUUCCACCCCCAUCCACGCCGGCAUCACAGCAAGGGUUUGGGCACAUUUCUACCCCAAUUGCCCAGGCGAGCCUUUCACCAAUCUCGACACAUACGAGAACUAUGAAGAAACCACAGCCUCCCAAGUAAUCACCGCCGGCAUGUGCGCCGACAUAGGCGUCCCUUCCUACGAACACAACCUCGUGAGCGCGAUCUCGGUCGACGCAGAGCUCCUCCCCCAACAGCCCGCCCUUUCAUUCCCAGAGAGCGGCCCCAGCUGCAACAUCACCGUCCACCAAGUCCCAGAAUGCAUCGACCCGCCCCUGAUCACCAAUGAGCUUCGCAACGGCGUCGAAGUGAGCCAAUGCGCGAGCCGCUCAUUCGCCGCCUACAGCCAAGUCUGGUUGCUGCUGGUCUGCAACCCCCAGGUCGAAGAAUCGCUCGAAGAGCAGGCACAGGACAUCCCGCGCAUAGAGGAGACAGCCAAGGUCGGCAGCGCCGCCAACGCUCAGACCCCUGGCUCCAACGCUUUCUCUUGGUCGAAGGCGCAGACCGAUCAAUCAGAGCGCAAGCCUGAAGAGGAGGACCGCGUGAACAAUGACGGCCAUGCUGAGAGCGACAAGAUUGUCCAUGAUAUCAUGGAGAAGCUGAAGAAUAUGGCGCCGAGCAUGGUCACUGGCAAACACAAUGAGACGCAGCCUGCGUUGAACGCCACCCUGCUCCAUAAUGGCACUGCUUCAGGCAACCAGACGCUCUCUAGACGAAAGCUGUCGGUGUUGCGCAACCGAGUGGCUCGGCUGUAUUAA